UAUGAAUUUAACGCUGGAGGGCAGAGUAUUAUGGCUAUAGACAAUGAUGGCAGUAUCUAUUUGGUCACUAGUUUAGAACCUCACACAGGCUCAUCAUUCACACACUCUUUGAAGGCAUCAAAUGACGAUAAUUUAAUUAAAGAUGUUUCAAUUAAUUUGAUCAUUCCAGCGACAACAACUGUGGUUACAACAACAACUGACCGAAAUAAAGAUUUUUACGAGGAUGAAUGGAGUUACUACUGGUUAUUUCUGGCGCUGUUUGGAUGUCUGCUAAUACUGAUAGCUGUAGUGUUCGUUCUAUUUCGCAUCUGUAGAUUAACACGCAUCGGUCCAUAUUGUUACCACUGCUGCAUGAAAGGGAUAUGUUGUCGACCACCUCCGCCCGGAGUGAGAGGGUUCGGUGAUAAAGGCUACGAUUUGGCUACAUUUGGACAUAGGCACACAUAUGCUGAUGAAGAUGAAGAAAUUGAUGGUUGGCUUCAGACAGGAAAAGAUAAGAAGUCAAAGGCUCCAAAGACAGAUGAACGGUAUGGAACACCAAACAGUGGUUAUGAUUGGUCAACAGAUGUGAGACCGGAACCAGUUUACGAGAUGUUCCGAGUACCGUCAACUAGUACUAUUCCGAAGGCAGCAAACUACCUUGAUCCCCACACAUCAACCAGAAAUAUGCCAAGAAGUCAUUCCUGGAAGACAAAACCAUGAUGAAAAAGUAUCUGACAUUGGUGACAUAGUUGAACAUUAUUACAUGUAUUUAAGACAAUAACUCCUCCAGAUAAUUAAGAAAAUUUAUAUUCUAUAUAUUAUUAAAUUUGCAAAAUAAUGUGUAUGAUAAAUUGGCAUCAUUUAUGUUGAAGAUAAGGUGUGUGUGGGAACAGAAUCUUCAUUUUUACUUUGAUACCUUAAAAUUCCUAUUUAACGCCCCCGGGGGCUAAAUGUUUUCCGGGGGGGGGGGAAUAUUAUUACAACACAGUUUUUCCUAAAUCCAAAAUUCAAUGUACCGGUAAGUACAUUUAGUUUUAGCAAGUGUUGGUAAUAACAUUAAAAAGUGUUAUGGUUUUAAAAUUUAUAUGAUACAUUUUUGUGUUUACUAUAAGAUAAAAUUGGUGCUCAAAGAUUUGAAUAAAAUUAUGGAAUUACUCCAGCAUAUGAGUAGAUUUUUGCCAGAUCAAAAAGCCUAGGGUGGGGGGGGCUUUAUUAGAAAAGGGGCUUGUAAUAGGAAAUUUACGAUAGUUAUGUUCUAAUUGGCAUAUUUGUUGAUUAAAAUAUUAUUUUUUCUCUUAAAGUGUUUAGAAGUAAACUGACAGUAAUGACUAGAAAGUUGAAUCACUUUUGUUGCGCAGCAAUGGUAUAGCUGUUAAAUUAAAAGCCUGACAUCAUCUCCUUUACGUGUGUCUUUUUUCCCAAACAGUCAAAAAUUGCUGUUAUUAUACUUAUUACGCAUAAAAUAAUAUAACUAUUUGUUCAGUUUUUUCAUGUUUAUGCUAUAUUUAUAUCACACAUUGAAGUGAGAAAAUAUCUAUAUUUUCUUUCGUGCUGAAAUAUUGCAAUUUUCUCACUUUGCAAUGUGAUGUAUAGCAUAUUCACUCAUAACAAACAAAUAUCAUUUACCUAUAUACAUGUAUGUACUAGUGUACACACUUUGUUCAUUGUUAUCCUUAUGAUCCAGGAAUACAUGUAGGCAUGUCUUUCGAUGAAGCUAUUUUCAUCUUUGUUGUGAAACCUUCCUUUUUAAAACCUAAACUGUAUGUUUUAAGUUAUGAUUCUGAAAAAAAUGUCAUAUCCAGUUUGAAGUCUGUGAUAUAUAUUUUAUAAUUCGUUUUCAUGAUUAUUCUUUGUUUGAGUUACUUUAUUUGAGUAAUAAAAGUUACUGUUUUUGUCA